GCCUUCUCACCAUCCUUUCUGACCCUGAUCGCACCCUCCCGAUCAUUCCAGUACGACUGGGGACCUCCAUGAGGGUGUACUCAGCGCUGUGGGAUUUCGGUUCUCAGGGCGACUUCAUUCACCCACGUGUGGUGAAAGAAGCCCGCUUACUCACGACAGGGUCUCCGACUCCCAUCUCCGUCACCCUAGGGGAUGACAAGACUCAGCGCUUCUUCGAUCAGACGGUCACCGACCUCCCUUUCUUCCUCACUCUCGAACCGACUGAUCGUCCCCCGACGUCUCGUCGCCACCGCUCCUCCGCACACUUCGAUGUGAUGGAGACGGGGUACGACUUCAUUCUCGGUACUCCGUGGUCUCGUCGGUUCCGCAGCACCGAGGCCGAUUGGGCGACCAACACUCUCGUUCUCAAAACGAAGUGUGGACAGACGUAUCUCGUACCUUUCAUAGGUACCACUGCGACACCAUGCCCCGAUCCUCCUCCCCCGAAGCCUUCCGUGCCUACACCAUCUCCUUCUAUCACUGUCGCCUCGCCUCGACAGUUCAUCCGCUUCAUCCGACAGGACGACGUCACCUUGUUUAUGGUGAACGUGACGGAUCUCUUACACUAUGAUGCACCCUGUCCCGACGCCGAGCUCAUACUUCUGGAGCCAGAUCCUCCUUCUAUCUCCAUGGCUCCCAUCUCUACUUCCGCCCCUCCGCUGUUCGUCGAGUCCACCCAGUCGUCGUGCACUGACGCUGACGCUGAGGAACUCGAACGCUAUACGGCCGACCUGAAGCCCGCAGUUCGUAACCUCAUUCGACAGUACCACGACGUUUUUCCAUCGUCGUUCUCGUACGCCGGCAUCCCACCGAUGCGCGACGUCGAGCAUUCCAUCCAGCUUGUGCCUGACUAUCGUGUUCACCACCAGGCACCCUACAGACUCUCGAUCCUCGAGGCCACGGAACUCAAGCGUCAUCUUGAGGAGCUCCUUAGACUGGGUUUCAUUAAACCCAACAACUCCCCGUGGGGUGCACCCGUCCUCUUUGCUCGCAAUGCGGAUGAAACUCUUUGUCUCUGCAUCAACUAUCGCGGUCUCAACCGCUACAUGGUUAAGAACAACUACCCCAUGCCUCGUUUCGAUGAGUUGUUCGACCACCUAGCAGGGAACCGCUUCUUUACGAAGAUUGAUCUUCGUAGCGGUUACCAUCAGAUCCGCGCCGCUGCAGCGAACCAGCCGAAGACAGCGUUCCGAUCGCGCUUCGGCCACUACGAGUUUACGGUGAUGCCAUUCGGCCUCACCAACACACCCGCUACCUUCAAGAGGGCGAUGAACAACAUCUUCAAGGACAUCCUGGAGCAGUACGUUCUCAUCUACCUCGACGAUAUCCUGGUUUACAGUCGUAUACUUGAGGAGCACUUGAGACAUCUUCGCGAUGUCCUUGACCGUUUGCGCAGACAUGGCUUCUAUGCCAAGCUGAUUUCAUUGCAUGUAUGUACGUACGUUGCAAGCACUGAGUAGUCGUGUGUGUGCGUUUAUGUUCAAUACUACGGACGAAUAUCGCACACGAGUGUGUUUUCGUGGUGUUAUUUCACCCUCACUACCUAUUGUGUCAACCUCUCACUCAUGUCGCUUAAGUUACACGUCACACUUCCCCCCACCCCCAACAAAAUCACAAACAACGUAGUAUUUGUCAGCGGCCUGUGGGCCGCGAGGUUUAACAAAUUGUGAGAACCUCU